UCAGAGAUUAAUAGGGCCAACGAGGAGGAAUGCGCAUCACCUCACCCCCCAAAAAAAAGAAGCAAAACGCCAAAAACACCCAUUCACCCCUUCUCCAGCUCGCACAGCCCCGUCUUCUCUCCGUGAAGGGUGUGAAGGACGCGAUUGUGUGUGUGUGUGCAUAUGUGUGUGGUGAAAUUGUUUAUGAGAUGGUUGUAAUCUUGGCAGCGAUCACGUUCCGUGUGUAACAUCGAGCGGGUUAGGGCGGCGAUGAUGGGGGAUGGUAUUGGUGCGCAUCAAGCCAACCAAACAACAUCAUCGGCCCCCGGUGUAAUCAUCCGGGCGAAUUCGAUGCCACCCCGGGUGGACAGGGGUCACACCAUCAUCCCCAUACACACGCAACGUCAAUGUUGUCGUCGCCGCCGCGUUUGCUAAACGUUCGCGCAGUCCGGUAUAGAUGCUUCGAACACGUGUUUUUGGUGUCGGCCGUUGUAACCAUAGAGUAUUCAAUUUUUCCCUCUUUUUUUUUUUUUUUUGGUUGCCCUGUACAUAUGAGAGUAAAAGUACGAAACGAAACGAAAGGUUUACGGGUUGUUCUGCAAUCGGGGCAGGCGCGAAUACACGUAGCAGCAACAGCAGCAACAGCAACAAACGACACACCACGUAAUCCGAGGCCAGUGACAAUGUUGCGCCUGUUGCACUAAGAAAGGAACGAACAGUGUUGUGUGUGUGCUUGUCUGUGUGUUCGGUUCUGUGUGUCCAUCUUCACGUCUAACGACCAACGUCACUCUGUCCCGUGCUUUUGGUAGAACCUACGUACCCCUACGUACAUGUGUGCGCAUUUUGUAUGUCCUCUGUGUUCUGUAUGUGGUGUAGUGUAUUGGGGUAGAGAAACAGCAGCGGGGUGGCGGGAAAAACAACACGCACAUGAAGGCCCCACAAACUACUAGCAGCCGCCCCACGGUGUAGCCCGCCACACAUACCACACACACAUGUGCUGCUCCCUCCGUACAAGAGGGGCGAGAUAAGCGUGCCGGCCGUUGGAAUCAUUUCUGUCCAGGUUUUACUGUUUUGUGUUGUUAAAACCGAAUCGCCACAAUCGCCACAAGAGCGGCACUAUCUCCCCGCAUUUGCGAAGAAAGCAACACGAGGGGCAAAACCGUUCGGCACCGAGCGGGGACCAUUCGGCAGUGGAUCCUCCGUAACGGAAAGGAACAAAAAAGAAGAAAAACAAUAGCUCGAUGGUGCCGCGGCGCCGCAUUUGCCACGAUUCUCACCGUGCCGUCUGUAGUGUGUAGUGAGGAGUAGAGAGUAAAAGCACGGAAGAAGUGUCUGAUAGUGUGUGUGCGUGUGCGUUCCUGGUUCCUGUAGAAUCCCGGUAGUACGAACGAUAAUAGUAGCCGUAGUGGUAAAACGGAGAGGCGGCCACAGAGACAAAGCUGAUUGUGACUUGUGUUUUCGGGAAGGACGUCAGCCUACCCGCCUGUCGCCUGUGAAGGACAACGUUACUGCACGGCGGCCCAGUUCAGCGCGAAACGGAUUGGCGCAGCGGAAUAAGAAUUAAAAAAGGCGGAGACGACAGCGGCGCCUAUUAUUCCACAAAAGGACGAGAUCGAGAAGGGCAGGGAGAGGGAACAAACGCUGUGCCAAGCUUCAAAGGAGUGUAUUGUGUGGACUCCUGCGAGCAAUAAUAAGGCGGAAGGACGCGGCGUAAUACAAAAGGAAGAUUCGCUCUCUUAUCUCUCUCUAACUGCCUCUCUCACUCUCUCUCACAUACUCCCGAGGGGGAGGGCGCCACACCAUGCCACUGUUUGGGAAGAAAGAUUCGGGCAAAAAGAUACGCAAGGACGUGAAGGAUGGGUGCGACAAGCUGCCGAGCAUCGACGACAAGUACGUCAUCAAGGAGCUGCUCGGGACGGGCGCGUUCUCCGAGGUGCGGCUGUGCGAGCACCGGGAGACGGCCCAGCAGUACGCGGUCAAGAUCAUCGACAAGAAGGCGCUGAAGGGCAAGGAGGACUCGCUCGAGAACGAAAUCCGCGUGCUUAAGCGGUUCAGUGCGCGGCGCAGCGACGGCAGCGGCGUGCAGACGACGGCACCGCCGAUCGGAGGGCCGCGCUUCGCCCAUCCCAACAUCGUGCAGCUGCUGGAAACGUUCGAGGACAAGUCGAAGGUGUACUUGAUCAUGGAGCUGGUGACCGGGGGCGAACUGUUCGACCGGAUCGUGGAGAAGGGCUCGUACACCGAGCGGGACGCAUCGAACCUGAUCCGGCAGGUGCUGGAAGCGGUCGACUACAUGCACGAGCAGGGCGUCGUGCACCGGGACCUGAAGCCGGAGAAUCUGCUCUACUACAGUGCGGCCGAGGACAGCAAAAUCAUGAUCAGCGACUUCGGCCUGUCCAAGAUGGAGGAUUCGGGCUUCAUGGCGACGGCGUGCGGUACGCCCGGGUACGUCGCGCCCGAGGUGCUCGCCCAGAAACCGUACGGCAAGGCGGUGGACGUGUGGAGCAUAGGCGUCAUCUCGUACAUACUGCUGUGCGGCUACCCGCCGUUCUACGACGAGAACGAUGCGAACCUGUUCGCGCAGAUACUGAAGGGUGAGUUCGAGUUCGACUCGCCGUACUGGGACGAGAUAAGCGACUCGGCUAAAGACUUCAUACGCAACCUGAUGUGCGUGAACGUGGAGCGGCGGUUCACGUGCAAGCAGGCGCUAGCGCACCCGUGGAUCUCGGGCAACGCGGCCAGCAGCAAGAACAUCCACGGUACCGUGUCCGAGCAGCUGAAGAAGAACUUUGCCAAGUCGCGCUGGAAGCAGGCGUACCAUGCGGCCACUGUCAUCCGGCAGAUGCAGCGGAUGGCGCUGAGCAGUGGCGGCAGCGGCACCGCGUACGGCCGCAGCUCCUCCCGGAUAAGCAAUGUGGCGGCGGAUGGCACCUCCUCGGCGGGUGGUGGCGGUGGUGCCGGCAACGAGACGAGUGGGGAUGGACAAGCGGACACUGCUACUACUGCUGCGUCGGGCAGUAAGUAAUAACACUAGUUGGUUGGUUGGUCGUGUCAAAAAACAAACACAAACUCUACUUAGCUUAAAUGGAAACACGACAAAAACACACACACGGUAGGAGAGGAGCGCACCUAGUAGUUUAUAGGGAAAGGGCAAGAGAGGAGGGAACGUAUAUAUGUGUGUGUGUGUGUGUCCGUGUGUGAUUGCAGGCCUCUGUCCGCAGAUAUAUCUGUUUGUUUCCGUUUCUGUUUGUAGUAGUAGCUGUACUUGAUACUCUUUUUAUGUAUGUUGUACGAUGUUGUUAAAGUUCUCGUUUAUUCUCGUUCUAGCAGUGAAGAGUUUAUACUUCUUUGUUUAUAAUGAUAAUUGUUUCCAUUUUCUUUAAUUUUAUUUUGAAACCCAAUAACCAAUGUUUCUCGGACGAUAUCUCUUACGCUACUAUUGUACUGGACGGUGGAAACUGAAAAAUGAUACUUAAGACACAAGACAGUGUAGGCAAGCUUAAAUCAUAUGCCAGGGAAAAGGUAUAACAAUGUUUGAAACAGUCUACAAUCGUAACACUGCAAAAGCUCAACGGAGAUAUUUCUCAUAACGGCUACGGCCAAUUCCACCGACCGAUUAAAGGGACACUGGUGCUGGUUUGGUACAACCAAAACAUUCACCCGCCCGAAGAACAUCCUACCGACGUUAACUGUAGACCACGAACCUAACGGGCAAUGCGCAAUGCGCGCAAGCUUUACCGAACAUCACGUAACAGUUGCUCAAGUGAUGAAGGUGAAUAUUAGCAGUGUAUGUUUGCGCGAUAUAUUUUGUUUAGGUUUUAUCACAAACUAUUUGUUUCUUCAAACUUUACUACAUCACAGUGAUAGCUAAUUAAUGUCGAUUUCAUAAUCGUUAACCGCAGGAGCAGAAAAUGGGUGGUUUAAAUUGCCAAAUACGGCAACGCGUUCGUUCUGUACGAUGUGUUCAACCGAUAGGGAUCGUUUUAGAAUGUCUUAAGUGCAAUGAUAUUAACAAUUUUGAAGCCACUGCUUAGGUACUUAUACUUAAACAUGCACACCGGCGGGCAUCGUAUUCUUAUUGGAAAGUGAACAUUUAAACCAUAAUUCAAUCUAGACCCACACGGCGGCUUGUGCGCGUUGUACUUCUCUUAUUCCCACAAUACUUAAACAUUCUUUUUUGUUUGCUUGUAAUGCAUUUUUUAUGGGGCAUUUGUUCACAAUUUAUUUAGCGAUUCGUUCCAGUACGCGUUUGCUAACACCUGUUUAUUAGGAUUCAGAUCUGCGCGGAAAAGCGAGCAAAAGCGAGCGAUGAGCUUAAUCGAAUAGACGACGGGCGAGAAAAGAUACACGUACAUGCUUUUUAUAAACCCGAGCUGGAAGACCGUUUGCCCUGUUUGUGACAUCGAAUCCAUUCCUUCUAAUAAUAAGUACAGCCGUUUGUGCGACCCAUUAACGGUAACGUGCAAAAUGGGUUAAGCGUUGAUGUGUUAGCGUGUCCAGAUAUGAAGACGAUCGAAUCUCUGUCGGUUCAAAAAAAAAAAAGCGUGUGUAAUGUUGUGUUAGAAACCGUCCCCUAGCGCCAAGGCGCUAACUGGUUGCAAUUACCGUAUAAUUUACAGCUUAAUUUGUUGUGUUUUCUUUCUUGCAGCUUUUUGUUGUUUAGCCAAUAUUUCCUUUUCACAAUGUGUACUUCACCAGUUGCUGGCAAACUUCGGGGUGACUUUUGGGGUCACAAUUUGAUAGCGUUGAAUGUUGUUGCGUUGUUUGAAACAAGAUUGUAGCGAGCAAACGCUGAAAACCGUGCCGAAUAGCUGUGCGAAAACACGAUCAACGAUUGCAUAAAAUGACAAGCCUCUUUUUAAAAUAGUCUAGGUUAAAGUAAAGCAAACAAACAACACUUAUCAAUCAAACAACCAACCAGCAGCACCAGCAGUGAACGAGAGUUGUUUCGGGCGUACAGAGAGCAAAAGCAAGAUAUUAACCAAUUAGAACACACGGGUGUUUUAAUCAUUCCCUGCCCCUUGCUCUCGUGUUGUUAUAGUUUUUUUAGACGUUUGUUCGUAUUAUUAAUGACAAGCGAUUUUGCUGCUAGUGUAAUGUACGAUAUUUUGAAUCUCUCCAAACAACCAACUCUCCCUAACGUGUAAAGUGUGAUUUUUGCUGAACGGGACAAACGAUCGAGGCGGCGUUCCAACAAACCACUUAACGAACGAAUCCAUAUCAUGCACAUGACGAUAAAUGCGAUGAAAUCUCUCUCCCCGCCGUACCUUGAUCCACCUUUUACACCGAUUUUCUUUACACCGAUUCAGUUUGUGAUCUUAAGUACUUUUUUGCGUUAGUUUUUAUUCGGUUGAUAAGCAAACUCGCAUACUUUCCAUCAAGAACAACGAUCUGAUCGGCUAGCCUCUACCCGAGUGGCUGAGGUGCAAUAUAGCGCAGGUUAGCUGGCAUUGGGUGAAAACAAAGGGAAGCUUCCAAUAAUGUGUGGCCAGAUUAUGGGUCACGUUUGCGUUAGUUUAUUUUCUUAUUUCUUCUUGUUGUUAUGAAUGAAUGAAUCGCAAUAGUUCUCGCGCACACGCCCCAAAACACGGUAUGGUGUGCUUCUCCUAGUAGUUGUUAGAAGCGUAAUGUACGAAGAAUAAACAAACACACACAAACGUGCAAGGCUUAACCCGGCUUAGACCUUAAGUUAAACCGUCGGUCUAGAGUUGUUUGAGAACAUUUGCCUGCGUGAUAAACCUAAACCCUGGGAAAAUCCCGUGGGAAGGAAAAGAUAAAGUAGCCGGAAAAUGUUUGGUAAACCGACAAAAUCGACAUCAAAAAAGGCAUCAUUGUUUAACAUUUAAAAAAAAAAGAAGAAUAAAAAAACCGUAGCUCCGCGUUACCGGCCUGUUUGCAAAUAUUUUAAUUGUACGGGGUGGCAACACACGUACAAAAUCGUUGCCGUACCAAUGUUUGUGCAGUUGACGGGCGACCGAGGAAGAAUGUUAACGCUGUGCACAUACGGCGAACCAUUAUCCAUAGGGCUUAACGCAGAGAAGCGUGUGCAAAUGGGUGCAAUAACAUGCUUCUCAGUAUAUAGAAUACGACAGCAACAAAAGAAAAGGGAUGGAGAAAAACAAAACCUGUCGAUAAAACAAAAUUAAAAUUAUCGCACUAAAGUAGAUGGUAUCAGUUUUGAUUGAGGAUUGAUUUGAUGUCGGAUAAAACAAACCACUAGAAUAGACAAAAAAGCAUUAGCAAAAGCAACACAAACAACACACAAAGCACACAAAAAUACUAACGAGAUGUACUGUACUAAGAGAAGCAGCUGUACAGGGCGAGAGAUCGCAUUCGGAUUAAUUUAAAGCAAUUUGAGUUUGAUUUGUACCAGCAACUUUUAACGCUUGAAGGCGAACGUGUAUUGUAAAGUGUGCAUGUGUGCAUGUGUAUGUGUGUGCGUGUGCGUGUAUGUGUAAUGUUAUGAAGAAUUACUUUGUACAGUGCGUAUGGGUUGAUUAGCUCCUGGGUAUAUGUGUGUGUGUGAGGUGAAAACAAAUAAAUAAAAAAAAAUAAACCAAGAAAAAAUCAUUAUAUACAACAAAGCAAAAGAAAAGAAAAAAAUAUUUAAAAAUAAAACGAAAGACUUAAAAAGGCGCAAAACGAGCGUAGGGCAGAGAAUAUAGAGCUUUUUUAUAUACAUUUUUUUGUUCCAUUUCCCCUCCCCCCAUUGUAGUGCGCGAUGGCGCAAAGAAAUGUAAAGUGAAAGUAAAAAUCAAAGGGAACGCUACUACUACCACUACUACUACUACUGCUACUACUAACAUUCCAAUUCCAACGAUUAACUAUAAAAAAACACAACAAAUACUUUAAGGACACAUGCAAACGUAGAUAGUAACUGCCCACUCUCAGUCUCUCUCGUCAUUGUUUGUUUGUUAUUUUUAUCGUUUUCCUGUGUUCUGUUCUGCAUUCCAUUCAUAUCAAGCCAAGCGCUAGCUCUGUUCGGAAUCAUAAUGUAAUAGGGAUAUUUCUAAACGAGCGAACGUUAAUCUCUGUCGUAUUCUCCACAUACAUCCUGUUUCCGUGUGCGCUUUGCAACACGAGCAAUUUAGUGCAAUCAUCCGGGCGCGCGGCUAACGGAGCAUUCAGUUCCUAGAGGCGGCAUACAUAAAACACGCUGUCUUUAGUUUAGUGUACACGACCCUCCACUCUCUCUCUCUCUCUCUCUCUCUCUCUCUCUCUCUCUCUCUCUCUCUCUCUCUCUCUUAUGCUAUCUCUCUCUCUUAAUAACAAACAAACAAUGACGAGAGAGACUGAGAGUGGGCAGUUACUAUCUACGUUUGCAGCGAUCACGUGGAGCUAACCCUCUUUACUGCAUGCUCCCGCCGCCACACUUUCCCACGUGCAAACGCCAACUUUUCUCUGUGAUCAUCACUGCUGCAGCCUUUUUGCUCGAUGUGUGUGUUUAAAAUUGGCUGAUAAUAGAUUAAACAAAAAAAAACAAACAAACAAACGAAUCUGAACAUACAUUUCUGUAAAUGGGUAAAGCAAAUGGGCAAAAGUAAAGCAACAAACACAUACAAAACACUCACACACAAACGGUACAAAAAUGAACAAAUCGCAGAACGAAAAAAUAAAAAAAAUAAAUCAACAAACAUGCAAAGCAAGCAGAUACAACAAAUAGCAAGAUAAUCUCUCUCUCUCUCUCUCUCUCUCUCUCUCUCUGUCUCUCUCUUUCAUCUCUCUGUUGAAUUCUCUAUCUCUCUCGAUGGUGUUCGCGGUCAGUUGCAAUCGCAGUAGCAAUGGGAAAUGUGUUUUUUUAGAUUCGAGUCGCUAACUAGAUUUAGUAGGUUUUUUUUUUCUUUCGCGCUGCACACCCAUGUGAAGCAAGGCAAAACAAGCAAAUCAAGAAACAAACAAACAAAUAAAUAAUUAAUUAAUAAUAAACGAUCCGUCGUCUUAAAACCACACGUCAUCCAUCGUCCAAAAACAAAAAUCAAGAAAAUAAAAAUAGAGGAAAACAG